AAAUAUUCAUUAGUCUGUGGCCGGUGAUAUUUAUAUAUAAGUUAAUAAUAAUAAUAUAAAUUUAAUAUACAUUACAUUUUUUAUAUAUAUUUAAUCAAAUUCAAGAAUGGUACGAUUUAAAAACAGAUAUAUGGUUGUACAACUGAAAAAUUUAGAAGAUAGUGAUUUAGAUUUUAAAAUUUCUGAUAGAGAAUUGCAGUCAACAGUAUUAAAUAUGGUCAAAACAUUACAUGGAGAUUUUGGAGUAGGUGCCAUUCGGACAUGUUUUAAAGUUCGUUAUUGUAAUCCAGCAACAAAAAUUAUUAUUUUUAAAACCAGACAUGGUCCCCAUAUAUUUCUAUCAUCUGUUCUACCAUUUAUAAUCAAACUACAGGAGAAACAGAUUCAGUUAUCAACAAUUUAUACUGGUGCUUCUAUGUUUCAAUGUUUCAAAUUUAUUCAGAUUUAUCAAAAAAAUCUUGUUAGAAAAUUAUCUAGUACAAUAAAUGUGACUACAAGAGAAAAACUGUUGAAUAUUUCCGAUAUAUUUAAAUUCAAUAAAUUUUAAAUUAACUUUUA